CGGCGGCCCGUGGUCGUCGCCCCCCGCGAGUCCGCUCUGGCUGGACGGGUCCACGGCGAGGCGCUGCAGGGCGGACGCGGCGCCGGCAGCAGCGACACUCGUGCUGGCCAUCCGAAGCAACAGCGUACCACGGCUUAAGAUCCGCACGGCCAGGAGAUCUCCACAUUCUCCAAGGAACUAUGAAUCCAGUCGGGACUCGUCUGAAUCCGCCAGCAGCACCUGUUCAACAAGAAGAAGAAACAGGGCUAUGAGGUCGGAGUGGGCAAGCACGACUACCAGAUCUCAUCAGCCGCCCUCGGAGACGAACAGGAAGGAGUUCGAGCCAACAGCCAACCCGGCAGCGACGACCAGCGGCUAUGCCAUGCCCUCUGUGUACUACCUGAGGCGUCGACUACUGCGGCACCACUCGUCGCAAACGGAGGAAGAUCCCUGCACAGAAACCGACUCAACGCAGGGAAGCUGUGGCUCUCCCUUACAGAAAUAUCAGCCGAGCCCUCCUCAGGCGAGGAGACGAACAAGCAGUUUCGCGGCAGCCGACGCCGUCUGCCGGGAACCGCGCACCUCGGACCUCGACUCGAGCCUCGUGAGCAGCAGCAGCGGCUCGGGGGCAGUGGCGCCAGGGGUCGCCUUCCAUCGCUUCGCAGCGCCCGCGCACACGGACAAGGCUCCGAGCCCCAUCAGGGGCGCUUCGGCGGCGCCCCAUUGCCACAGCAGCGAAGCCGGCGACGGAGCUGCGCAGUGCGGCGGCGACACGGGCUACGGCGAGACCUCGUCGUCCGAGGAGCAGGAGUCAAGCUGGAGUCGCUCGACGGAGUCGUCGGCGGCCCCGUCCUCUUCGUCGUCGCCAUCCGGCGACACGGCGUCCGGAGCGCUGGCCUCGGUGUCGGACGACCAGGACGAGACCCAGGCCGAAGACGACGACGAGGACGACGGCGAGGUGGACCUCAGCAAACUGGAGACCCGUACCCAGGCUGCGCCCUUCGAGUGGCCGCCAACGACCAUUUCGCAUGCACCGACAGGAGAGCUACGCGCCAUGUCUUCCCAGGGGGAAUUAGAGCAGGAGAGCGAGCCAGGAACGAGCGGGCAAAUGACGUCCACGGAAGAGCAGCUCCAGUCGCUGGACACGGAGGACGUAUCCCAAAUGACGGCAGCCAGCGAGGACCCAGCAGACGACACCCUGGAGCAGGAACCAGCUGAAGACCAAUCCGAAGCCGAAGCUCAAGCCAUGCAACCUGCCGAACCACCCCUGCCACCGGCACCCCAGUUCCUCAGGCCCACGAUAGAGAUCGACAGGAGUGACAUCCUCCAUACGGCCAAGCCCGAGAUCGACGAAGGGGACUUCGGCGUGGGUCCCUCGUACACCAAGAUGACCGAGGCCGAGUUCGUGGCUCGGCUAAGCAUCCACGAAGCUGCCCGUACCGGGGACCUCCACGUCAUCAAGCUCUUGCUCAAAAGCGAUCCCAAGAGAAUGGAAACUGUCGACGAACGCGGCUGGACGCCCAUUCACCUAGCAGCAGCAAACGGACACGCAGAGGUUGUGCGGUUCCUGGCAGUUGAAGGUGCGGACGUGGCUGCUCUCGACCCAACAAGCUACACGGCGAUGCACUUGGCCGCGAUGAACGGACACAACGCAUGCCUCGAGGUGCUGCUGAAGGUGGGAGCCGACGUGGACAACAUCACUGCCGACGGCUUCACGCCCUUGCACUUGGCCGCCCUCAACAACUACGCGGACUGCGUGCGCACGCUCCUCUCGUGGGGCGCCAACCUGGCGGUGGAGGACGCACUGGGCCGCACCGUCCAGGACAUGGUCGAGGAGUACGCCCUGGAUGACGUGUCGGCGCUGCUCUCCGGCCUCUGGGCGCACGUCGACAAGUACACGCAGUCUCGAAAGCACAUCGACUGCAACGGCGUGAACUCGAUUCGCAGGAAUGGGCAGUCAGAGAGCAGCGGCCGGAGGCGUUCGACCCGAAAGCUGGUGCAGAUGGCGGCAGCAGCCAUGGGCAAGCGGUGA